UUUUCCCAUGAACCCAGCAUCAAAAUGGCCUCAAAGUUUAGUUCGACAACGAAAGCAACGUGGUUAUUUUUAGAGCACCACAGGCAUUAAAAAAAAUACAGCACUAAACUGUGACCUACAGCUAUGCACAUCCAAGCAUCACAUCAUCCAAGCGACAGUCUUAACUGUAGCUGGGAGAGCAUCUGGCGUGACUUCAGAGUAUCGCUAUUCAUCUGGGUACCAACAAUACCUUCGGAUGCGUUUAGCAGCCCUACAACGCUCCUGAAAUUAUCGUCUGUGCUUUGAAACUAAAAUCCCUCGCAUACAGGAGGAAUUACAAGCAAAAAGAAAAAAAGAAAACUCUGGUAUUCAAAAGCUAGAAGUGGACUUUGAGGAAAGACUUUCCGAAGACCAUGUGCCACCAAAAAUGCACUUCUUUAAACUGGGAAGAAUGAGGAAUAUUCGUCUCCCUUUCUGAACCUGUAGAACGAAAUAUGCUGGAAUAAACUAUAUUCACGUCAAGCAGAAGCCGUCCACAAUCUUCUCAGCAACAGAUACUCCUUUCAACAAGUACACUGACAAAAUGCCAUUCUUUGGCUGGAUGAAAUGGCCAAAGAAUUAUUCGUACAAGACUGGGCAAUACCCCGGCUCAGAGGUUGUGACGAAAACACUUCUGAGAGAACUGAAAUGGCAUCUGAAAGAGCGUGAGCGACUGAUCCAGGAGAUAGAAAAUGAACAAAAAGUUCAGAAGACCGGUGUGGAUUACAACUGGCUGAAGAGCUCCCAAAGUCCACAGAUAACUAUCCCAGCGACUGAACAGAGGCAGCUCGAAGUUCUCUGCUCGCAAAUCCAACCGUGUCAAACUGGAAUCAUUCUCAGCAGAUUUCGAGAGGUCCUGGCAGAAAACGAUGUGUUGCCUUGGGAAAUUGUUUAUAUCUUCAAGCAAGUUUUAAAAGAGUUCCUAACCAACCUGGAAAAAGAGGACCAAAUGGAGGAUAUAUGGAAUACAAAUUGUUCGGUCCACUUUGUGGCACCCGGAGACAGCUCUGGGAAAACGGACAAAGAGGAGAUCCCAACGGUAUCCAGUUACGUCGACAAAAAUACACAGGGCAUGUUCCCCACGUUUUCCCAUCGAAUCUGGAACCUUCCCUAUUACUACCCUUCAAGCUAGGCAUUCCCUCUUCCCUAAAAUGUAUUUGGAUUCCCAUCUCUCCCUACCUCCUCCUUCCUUUGAAGAAUCAACGCUCCAAAGAAACUAUACUUAUUGCCUUUCCAUUUCCCUUUAUUCCUAAUUCAGAAUUUUAAACAGAUUAUUCUUUGCAUAUAAAUUUACAGUACUUAGGUCGUUAGGAUGACAACUUCUUUCCACUACUUCGGUAGCAAAAAUUGUAUAAAAGAACCUUCUACCUUAAACCAUUCUGUUGUAAACCCAAUAUUCAGAAUACUUCGUUUAUGCAUUCCCUACAAGCAUGCAGAGAAACAAAUACAAGUUUCCGAUGGUUUCAAAGUCCUA